UAACGUUAUAAUUUGAGUUUAGCGAUAAAUUAAAAAUAUCAAGCAAUUUAAAGCAAGUCCCGGUUUGAGCCAGUUUGAACACAAUUUAUUGUGUUUCUGUCCAAUAAAAACAACUUUAAAAAAUGGCUGAUAUUUGGGACAAAUUUAAGGAGGUUUGUCCAGAAUACAAAUAUUCCAAGGAAGAAACAACUGUUGUAUUACCUGAAUUUCUUAGGUUUAUCCUAAAGAAAGUGCAUACGAAAGCAUUGGAAGUAUGUUCGGCAAAUUCUGAAGAACUGUCUAUACCACCUACUAUGUCAAACAUUAAUUUAAUCAAGCAAAUCAAUGAGUUAAUACCAUCAACAGAUUUCAAACUGUCCAUUUUAUCUUUGGUAAAACCAAAGACCAAUAAGGUAACACAUGUAAUAAGGUACUUGAUGCACCUUGUAUGUGCAUGUUAUGAAAAUGGAGAUGAUUUUAAAGCUAUAAAUAGUAGAACAUGUGAUCUGCUUGAAACUGAAGUCAGUCUUGAGCAGGAACGGAAAGCAUUGUUGAUUGAAAAUCACAAUCAUACUAUUGAAGAAAUGAAGGCGAGAGAGGCUAUAGGACAAAGCAAAAGCAAUAUAGAUAGAAUGAACAACAAGUACUUAUCAGUAGUAACAUCAGAAGAUUUUAAGACCAAUUCAAAUAAUAUUAAAGUUGUUAAAGAAGCUAUAGCCACAAAAACUGAUAGAGUUGAAAAGUUAAAGGAGAGUAUUAAAAUAUAUCAAACAAAUGAAACAGAACUGAAUGAAGUGCAAGCAAACUUGUGUAAAAUAAAAAAUGAAUAUGAGGAAAUCAAGGUGGAAUGUGCUUCAUUAGAUAAUGUAAUAAGUUUGAAACAAAAACAUUAUUCCUAUUUGCAAAGCGUUAGUGAUAUAGCUACAACAUUCUCAACGUUUGUGCAAGAUUUCAAACAUAUCAGUACAAGUAGGAAAGAGCUGCAGAAGAAAGUUGAGAUUAAUGCAGAUUUGAAGACAAAGUUGGAGAUGACUGAGAUGCAGAUUGUUGAUAAAAUUAGUGUUAUGAAUGAUGUUAAAGAUAUGUAUAUUAAAAACUAUAGGAAGCAGAUGCAAACAUAUGUUGCUUGUUCCACGAAAUUGGAAGGCAGCAAAGGGGAGAAUGAGAGAAUCCAAGAGGAGAAACAAAUGUAUUCUAAAAAAUUGGAAAAGUAUGUGCUGCAAUGUGAGAUGAUUGAGGAAGAGAUUAAAAAUAAUGAAAUAGAAUUUAAUAAACAAGUAAACAGUUUGUUAAAGUUUCAUGAUGAUGUUAUUGAAAUGCAGAAAAAUAUAAUGGAAGGAAAGCUAUAUUGA